GUCGCAUCGUUGAUUGUGCAUUCACACUUACUUUUAAUCCUGUUUAUGAUCCCCUCAAAGAAGCAGUUAAAGAUGCUACUAAUACUGGUGUUCAGGAGGCAGGUAUUGAUGUGAGACUAAGUGAUAUCGGCGCUGCUAUUCAAGAAGUCAUGGAGAGUUAUGAGGUCGAAAUUAAUCAAAAAACAUAUCAAGUAAAACCAAUUCGCAAUUUGAAUGGACAUUCAAUACUUCCAUACCAAAUUCACGCCGGAAAAUCUGUGCCAAUUGUCAAAGGCAGUUCAUCAUCAAUAAAAAUGGAGGCAAGUGAAUAUUUUGCUAUUGAAACCUUUGGAAGUACGGGGAAGGGUUAUGUUCGUGAAGAUGGUGAAUGUAGUCACUAUGCGAAACGUCAAGAUGUCGAUCAAGUUACACUACGUAUAAAGAAAGCCAAAUCUCUUUUAAACUCCAUUAGCAAGCAUUUUGGCACAUUACCAUUUUGCCGUCGAUAUCUCGACCGUGUGGGGGAAACUAAAUAUGCGUUAGCGUUAAAACAUUUAGUUGAUUCUGGUGUAGUAGAAUCUUAUCCACCAUUGGUUGACAUAAAAGGUUCAUACACAGCACAAUUUGAACACACUAUAAUUCUAAGGCCAACCUGCAAAGAAGUUGUUAGUAGGGGUGAUGAUUAUUAG